AUGGACUCGUCCAAGUGGCGCGUAUCCAAGGCGUGCCAGGAAUGCCGCGCCAAGAAGAUUAGGUGCAACGGGGCCGAGCCGUGCCAGCGAUGCAGUGUGCGCGGCCUCUCGUGCGUGUACCGGGCCAAGGCCCGCAACCGGCAGCGCAAGGUGCCCCUGCCCCCGGAUUCCAGCAUCGCCUCAUCAGACGACGCCCACUCAGCCGCCGCAGCGGGUCGAGCGGCGUCGGCGGCUACGGCUGGCGCGCCCGGGGCGCCGCCCGGUGGCAGGAGAUCGGGGGCCAAGAAGCCCGAGGACGCGGCGCUGGAGGGCGGCGACGGAAGCCCGAGCAUCCACAUCCAGAGCGUGGCGGCCACGCAUAGGGCGUCGCCCGGGUGCUACCUGGAGCUCUACUACGGGCCCUCGUCCAACUUUUCCAUGCUGCACUCCAUCUACCACCAGAUGGAGGGCACGGCGACGGCUCCCGGCGCGCCGCAGCGGGAUGUCGAGGAAGUGGGGCCGGGGCUUGAUAAGCUGGGCAACAGGCGCAUCUUUUUCGGGGACUGGGCUGAUGGUCGGGACUCGCUCCUCAUCCCGAGCGACUACUCGGCCAUGUUUCUCGACCGCGCGCUGUCCCAGCGCCUCAUCGAGACGUACCUUUCCACCUAUUGGCAUAUCCUGCCCGCCCUCCCGCAGACCGAGUACCGCCGCCAGCUCGACGACAUGCACCGCUCCCCUGGUAUAUUCUCGUACGACUCGGCCGACAACAUCAUCAUCAUCUUGGCUAUGGCGCUCGGUGCGUCGGUGCUGGAUGAGGAGCAUAUUGCUGAGUUUUUGUUCCAGAAGGCGAAGCAGGGUGCGGCUAAGAUGGAUGAGGUGCACGCUCAGUUCCAGUCUGAAAAGGCCAGACCCAACGCCAGUUUCCUCCAUACGGGGACGGCGGUGCGCAAAGCAGUCGCCGCGGGCAUGCAUAAGGAUGUUGAUGGCCGCAGUGGGCAGACACAAGCAGACUUGUUGAGGCGUCGAAAAACCCUCUGGAGUUUGUAUUUCUGGGAGACAUGGAUCUGCUUCAGCGUUGGCCGCCCGCGCUCCAUACCCGAGCCGUCCGGUGUCCCCGUGCCCCCUGAAGAGCGAUACCUGCGGUCCCUCGUGGCCCUUUCGCGCAUCAUGGCCAAGUGUGCUUCCAAGAUCUACGACGACCAUCACCAGUCGGUCCUACCACUUUGGCACGCCGCGAAUGAGAUUCGUCGCGAACUUCACGACUACGCGGAGCAGCAACAGCAGGACAUGAAUUUCGGUCUGGUUGGGGACGCAAGUUCCGGAGAGCUCGGGCCGUCGCCGCCACCUUGGCUGGAUACGGCGGCCGAAUACUGCCUCGACGCGGCGCGCCAUUCCAUUGGCUUCCUCACCGGCGCGUGUGAGCAGAAUGCCCUCUGCCAGGGUAUCAAGUACCAUGGCUUCUUUUUAGAAGGCGCCUGCUACGUCCUGGCCUUUGAUAUGCUCCGCGCUCGAUCCUCACCGGCGCGCCUCUACCCUUCCAUGCCUUUUGGAUUCGAUACCAACGGGCCUCUGGUCACGCAGUCUCCCUCGGGGAGUGCCUUGGACGAGCACAUUGAUCUCACGGCGGCGGAUAUGGGAUGGUCGUUCGACCUAGGGACGAUGGAUAUGGACGCGUUUCUCUCGAUCGAUGCCAACCAACAGUUUAAUUUUAGCACAUAG